AUGUCACUGAGUAAUGACGGUAACUUCUUACUGACAAGUGACGUGAAUGGGUCACUAAGUGUUUGGAGCACUCCAGGCUUUCGUUUGACAUACCAAACGAAGCACGACGAACUCGUCACCGACCUAGCGUUCUCACCGGAUGGUACUCGGUUAUAUGACAUCCGGGGUUCACUCUGUAACGCGUGGGAACCCGAUGCGCUUAUUCGGGCUGACGACAAGUCUAGUGUGAAUGAGACGAUCACAUCUGAGCCAGUGCUUGUUACCGACGACUAUUCCCGUGUAAAUAUGACUUCACUUGCUUGCGAGCGAGCCUUCGAAUCUUUUCUACUGCGCUGGCUCGAGGCUCCUACUCCCAAGAAGGACAGAUGGGCCGUGUUCCCAGUCUGUGACAUACGCAUGGGGGAUAACCACGUACUCGAACAUAUUAAUUUCAGUGCCAGCGAGGAGUAUUUAUGUAUUGCAAGCUCGGCCUCUAGCCAUAUUUGGAGUUUGAAAGCUAAGCGUGAAUUUUGCCGCAUUAAGCUCUCUUCCCAUGGAGGAAUUUGGUUGAAUCACCCUAAAAGCAACGCUUCAAUAGUUCUCAUAACUGGAGUGCGGGAGCUUGGAUACAUUCCCAAUCUGGAUUCCAUCAUCGGAGCCAUGCGCGGUCAAGUCCCGGCAGUACCUGGACAGAAGAUACAAGAAGUAGUCCAGAUUAGCAAAAAGUGGCUUCUCAUGGACGUAAUAAGCGACAACCACCAGGAGCAUACCGCACCGCGGUGCUAUUUUGAGCUUUUGGAUCUCGCGACGCUCGAUUUCAAUUCUCCUGCUAGUCAAAAACGCACAAGUAGGCAUCUAGUGGACGGGUUAGACAACCACAUUCGAGAACUCAUAGGUUGUUCCCAGGACCGAGUGGUCUUCCUCGACCACCAAUUCUGGGUCUGCACAUGGGAGGUGGAACUCAGGUACAGUAAGCACAAGCGUCACUUUUUCUUACCCAAGGAUUGGAUCGAUCUAAUUGCCCUGAAGAUGGUUAUUCUGAAUACGCGGGGGGCCAUAUUAUGUCCAAAGAGGGGAGUUGUGGCGACCAUAAGGUCAGCCAUAUAG